AACUAAUCAAUUAUAUUCCAUCCCUUCUCCAACAAGUGUAUGACUUCAAUUAUAGAGAUGGAAAAUCUCCAGUUGCUGAAUAUAUAUCUGCUGCAUCAACUCGGUAUUCGUUGAGAUCAUAGAAGGAUAUUGCAUAGGAAUCUUCAUCUUUGCAAUGGGAUUUUCGGAUUUGUUCAUCGUGGCACUGAUGCCAGUUCUAGAAGUACUUCUGGUCACUGCUUUGGGCUUGUUCCUUGCCUUAGAUCGUGUUGAUCUCUUAGGACCAGAGUCAAGGCACCGCUUGAAUAAUAUUGUGUUUUACGUGUUUGGCCCUGCAAUUGUGUUUAGCAAUCUGGCAGAAACUAUCACAUUCCAGAAAUUGGUUAGCUUGUCAGUCACUUUCCUAUGCUGAUAUCAGUAAUUGCUUUAAACUGCUGAAGAUGUCUUGCUAACUCUUGUCUUGUGGGUGGUGUUUCUUCCUUGAGGUGGUUCAUGCCUGUCAAUAUUCUUCUCACAUUCAUAAUUGGCUCAGCACUUGCUUGGCUUCUUAUCAAAAUCACCAAAACUCCGCUGCAUCUUCAAGGCCUUGUCAUUGGUUGCUGCUCUGCUGGGAAUUUGGGAAACUUGCUGCUUAUUAUUAUUCCAGCAGUCUGUAAGGAGUCAAAUAGUCCAUUUGGAGAUUCAUCUUAUUGCUCUGUUGAUGGAGAGGCAUAUGCUUCACUAUCUAUGGCUGUAAGAUCUAUGCAUGUUUGACGAUAUACGUCUGACACAAUCCUUGCUUCUCAACUAUGAACCUUCUUUAGUAUUACUUUUCCUCAAGGGAUAAAAUCUUAUGUUCAUUUCAUUUGUUGCAUUCUGAUGUUACAGGUAGGAGUAAUUUAUAUAUGGUCAUAUGUGUACAACAUCAUGCGAGUUUUUGCAGUUAAAAUAACUGAUAAGCAUGUGGAUGAUUCCACAGUCAGCAUAAACAUAUCUGUAGAGGACACAGAAACAUCUUCAAAGAGUUGCAAAGAACCUCUGCUACCUUCUGGAGACAAUUGUCAUCCUGACCAUUUUGAAAAGCCAGGAACCAGCUCUGGGGUCAAAACAAAGAAAAUCCCAAUAUGGACCAUUCAGCGCAUCAAGAAGAUUGCCACGGAUCUGAAUCUGAAGAUGAUAUUUGCUCCAGCAACAAUUGCAUCAAUUGUCGGGUUUGUAAUUGGUACUGUCUCUCCAAUCAGAAAGCUAAUGAUAGGUGACGGUGCUCCUCUUCGCUGCUUAGGAAGUUCUGUGUCCUUGCUGGGGGAGGCAUUGAUUCCAUGUAUGACACUCAUAGUGGGUGCAAACCUUCUUCAAGGUCUAAAGAGAUCAGGGGUAGGAUUUGUACUCAUAAUAGGAAUCAUAGUGGUACGUUACAUACUCUUGCCUCUGCUAGGCAUUGGUGUUGUUAAAGCUGCAUCCCAUUUUGGUCUGAUUGGAUCAGAUUCAUUGUAUAAGUUCGUUCUUAUGCUUCAGUAUGCUCUUCCACCUGCAAUGGCAGUAGGCACAAUUUCGCAACUCUUCAAUGCCGGCCAGAGUGAAUGUUCUGUCCUCAUGCUAUGGACUUAUGCUGUGGCCUCAUUCUUCCUCACAUUUUGGUCCACUAUUUACAUGUGGCUCCUGACUUGAUUCUUUCUUCCAAUCUUUGAAGGCCAAGGAGUUAUACAGAACUUUAUAGAUGGGGUUGAAGUAUUCUUAUUUAUUUUUCAUUUACCAUGGGAGCUACCUGCUAAAAAUUUUAAAGCAGAAGCAUGCACAUGAAUUUUUAGAAUAAUUCUAAGGUUCUGUAUAUUUUCUUGCCCCACAAACAAAUGUAUGAUGGUUGCUCUUGAAGUUAAGUAGAGGGUGUCAUGCUGUUGGAAUUGGAUCAUGUGACAACAUAGUGCAAAUGGUGUAGAUUUGCCCGAUACUAGUAGUUGGGGUGGUUUGUAAGUAUUUGUGAGAUUAAUCGAGCUAAAUAUUGAAAUACCCACAUCCUUAAAAAUAAAGUAAAACUAUAUGA